CGGGAAGAAUGAUUUUAAAGAAGCAGCAGUGAAAAGUGAAACCAACAACCAUGUUUCACUAUUUUUGUUUUUUGAUUUUUCUCAUGACCCCACAUAUUGCAAAAAAUGUUGAGAUACUUGAUAAUGAGGAUAACUUCAACACAACUGUUGCUCCAAUAAAUGAACACACUGAAGUUGUAGAAGAACACAAUGCUACUGAACAAGACACAUCUGGUGAUGGGGAACUUGCUCCAACUGAUCCAAUAUCAACAACAACAUUGAGACCGCUCUCAAGAUCAGAAAAGGAGUACAAAUGGGAUCAGGAUCCCCAAGGUAACAUUGGAAAGUCUUUGUAUGGAGGGUCAUACAGAUUAGUUGAAGGAACACAUCUCGUUACUCAGUGUGCCAAGGAAUGCAUCACAGAUCCGCAGUGCAAAUCGUAUAAUUUUGACAAAUCUGCGGCAAGCUGUGAAUUGAAUGACGAAACAGCUGAUGAUAUCAGUAAGCUAAUUGAAGCAGAAAAUAAAGUUUACAUUGAAAGAGAGGAGUUCCAAGCUGAACCUGAUGCUGUUGGAGUAUGUCAGAAGGACCUGUGUAAGAAUGACGGCUACUGUAUGAACACAGAGCUAGCAAAUGGAAAACCAUCAUAUGCCUGUAUAUGCAAGGAGAAGUGGGGAGGUACCAACUGCACAGAACCAGCUGGACAUAGAGAUUGGGGUGAUUGGGAGGAGUGGUCAGUGUGUUCAGUGACGUGUGGAAAUGGCUACAGUCAUCGCAAGCGCAGAUGCAUGGAUAGUCUAGCAAACAAAGAAGUCUCCCCAUUGGACUGCUUUGGAAGAGAUAUGGAGUUCAAGAUAUGCACGGUGGCAGACUGUCCUAGAUGGGAAAGUUGGAGUGAUUGGGAAGAGUGUUCCACGUUCACUACAUGUGGAAGAGGAUUUAAGACUCGCACAAGAACAUGUUCAAACGGUGGAAUCCCAGGGAAGGAUCGACUGUGUAUGGGACCUUUAAAUGAAACAACCCCAUGCGAAGAACCUUCAUGUGAUGCUCCACUAAAGCUUGCAAGGGGAGAAGAAUAUGGUGAGGGUGUAAUUGAAAUCUACAAUGAUAAAACUAAACUUUGGGGAGACAUUUGUUAUGAUGGCUUCGAUACAUCAGCUGGUGACAUCGCAUGCAAGCAAAUAGGAUUUGUGGGAUUGGAUCAAGUAUAUAAAAGUGGAUCCCCACCCAAUGGUGACUACCUGACGAUGAAGUCUUGUAAAGGUGAUGAAGUGGCCCUACAACAAUGUGUCCAUGAGGGGUGGAAAAGCAAUGCAAACUGUCUCAUAUCAGCUGGUAUCAAAUGCAUUGUUAAUGGUGACUGGGCAAAUUGGAGUAAAUGGGGAAACUGUUCUGUCACUUGUGCAGAAGGAAUACGGACCAGGAUAAGAACAUGUACACAUCCUCCAAAUCUACGAGGUGGUACAGCAUGUGAAGGGGAAGAAAUGCAAACCAAGCCAUGCUCAAAGCCUAGCUGUCCAGUUGAUGGUGAGUAUACUCAAUGGAGCACCUGGGGUGACUGUAGCGUCACAUGUGCUGGGGGUCAACAGUCGAGAAGCAGGGAGUGUACGGGACAAGCCCAUGGGGGAUCACCAUGUGAAGGGCCAAGUUAUGAAACUCGGGACUGUAAUACUGCAUUUUGCCCAGUUGAUGGGGUUUUUGAAAAAUGGUCCGAUUGGGAAUCGUGCAAUGUUUCAUGUGGUGGAGGGAUACAAAGACGUAAUAGGGUUUGCACUGGGCCUUUUUACGGAGGAGAAGAUUGUGUCGGUGCAAGAAAUGAGUCCAGAGAAUGUAACAUUCAUCCAUGUCCAGUUGAUGGCUAUGUGUCAAAGUGGGGUGACUGGGAGAAUUGUAGUUUGGAGUGCGGAGGAGGGGUAACUCACAGAGUCAGACAUUGUAUUGGACCUUUCUAUGAUGGCAAAGAUUGCGCAGAACCUCUCACAGAGAGCAGGAUGUGCAAUACACACUUCUGCCCAGUUGAUGGAAUAUUGACGACUUGGGGAGAUUGGAUCGACUGUAAUGUGACUUGUGGUGGUGGGGUAGAGUGGCGCCACCGCACAUGUAUUGGGCCAUUCUAUGAGGGGGCACCAUGUCCAGGAGCCUUGCGGGAGUCCCAACUGUGCAAUACUCAACCUUGUCCGGUUGAUGGCGUCUGGGAGCUAUUUAGUGAUUGGUCAGUCUGCAGCGUCACCUGUGGUGGGGGGAGCCGAUACAGGACACGUAAUUGUACAGGGCCAUACUAUGGUGGUGCUGAAUGUCAAGGGGACAGUCAGGAGACUGAACCAUGUAACACAAACUCAUGCAUGAUCCCAGGAGAGUGGCUUGACUGGGGUCCCUAUGGAUUGUGCGACCAGACAUGUGAUGCUGGGAAGGCUAUGAGAAAGCGGGAGUGUAACAUGACCACACACGCCCACCUGACUGACCCCUGUAUUGGGAAUGACACAAUGUUCCAAACAUGUAACAACAUCUCUUGUAACCCGGUUCCCUCCUGUAGUUAUUACUAUGAGCUUGGCUUACGCCAGAACACAACUGUUGACAUUGACCCUGAUGGCCCUGACGGUGAGAAUGAACCAUUUCAAGUGUUCUGUGAUAUGACAACAACUGAAGAUGGCAUCACAUAUGUCUUACAUGAUAUGAUGGAGCGGACACAGGUCCAAGGUUACGAGGGUGCAGGAGAAUACACGAAACAGCUAAUUUAUGCGAAUAACACAGUGACGAACAUUGCUCAGGUUACGCAUCUAGUCGACUAUUCGUUGGAAUGUAAACAAUUCAUCAAAUGGGAGUGCAAGUCAGCGAUUCUUGAGCAUCAGUAUUAUGAAGACGAACGGACUACUUUCUGGCAAAACCGUUACGGGAUAGAUAUGAAAUAUUGGGGUGGAGGUCCGCCAGAUGGCUAUGGAUGUGCAUGUGGCCUGAAUCACUCUUGUGCAGAUCCUGCAAAAACAUGCAAUUGUGAUGCCAACGAUGACCGUUGGGGAACAGACGAGGGAUUUAUUACAAAGAAAUUGGACCUCCCUGUAACAUCUUUCUUGGCCGGAGAUACAGGUGAGACAGAGUCCAAAGAAGAUGGUACAGAGGAAUAUAUUGAACAAGGCUAUGGCACUGUUGGACCACUUAUAUGUUCAGGACGUUCUACACCACAAAGUGAGAGUGAAGGUGGCUAUAGCUACUACAACUAUAAAUAAAUUGACAAUGACAUACAGUAUCAGGUCGUAAUCAUUAAAUCAGUUAAAGAGGCAGCAAAGCUUAGAGAUAAGUUGAGGAUAGCGUAUCAUUAUGUCAGAGUUUUCUUUGUUAAAUUUUUUUUCAAAAUUUGUUCUGAAUUGAACAUUAUAAGUCAUGCUUUUUGAAGCUAAUUUGGCAAUGAUUCUAAAAUGGGGUUGAUGAAUUUGAAUAUUUUGCAUCUCAAAUCAUCAAUUUUGUCCAUAUGGAAAUAAUACAGUCAUGUUGAUAUGAACAUUUUAAACUUUCUAUCCUUUAUUGCCACUUUACUGCUUGGAAUCAGCUUUUUAUGAAUGUCAAGCCACCAUUUUAAUCAUUUGGUCUUGUUCUUUCCGAUAGGAACACUCAUAAGCUGGACUUAUGGUGUUCGGAAUAUCAGAUGAAAACCAUUUCUGUAUCUUUAUGCUGUCUUUCUCUAUGUGACUAACCAAACAAUCAAGAGAAAUAUGUUGAUGGGACUGAAUUGAAAAAACUAGCAGAAAUUACCAUUUGUUUGAUGACUCCAACUCUCUAAUUAUUUUUGAAGAUUUAGAUUGUAAAAUGGGUACACACUGUAUAAGCUUAGGGCCAACCCUCUCAAGUCAUUUUCAUUAUAAUUGCAAAGUAUCUGGAAAAAUACAAGAACAAUUAAUGAAAGACAUUCUUUUCAGUAACAAAUACAGCAUUGUAACUCAGCUAUCUGUCUUUUGGUAAAAUAAUGUGCAAGGUUAAUUGAAAUCCACCAUUUUGAAACAUGUCAUGUAUAAUUAACAUAAUAAAAACUUGGAAUGCUUCGUA